CCUUUUUGUAGCUCUGUGGUGAAGAGUCUGGGAAUUGCAAGUCAGUUCUGCUGCAAUGUUGGAGGAGGACGCGCAAGUCUUGAUCCGCCGCUUCUACGCCCUGCAGAGCGAGCGCGUGGAGGCCUACCACCUCUUCGAGGAGGGGCACCGGGCCUACCUGAGAAGCGGGCCCGACUACGACUUCGUCCGCUACCGACAACUGGUGCACGAGAUCACCCUGGCCUUCAGCGGCAUUUCGCGGGAGAUCCUGCAGAUCAAGGAGAAGCUGGAAGGGAGCCACCAGCGGCCAGACCUCGCUCAGCACCUGGGCCACAUCCAGGAGAAGGAAAAGGAGAAACUGGAGUUGGCUAAUUCAAACCAUCGAGGCAAUCAGCGAAAUUCUCCAGGAUUUCAAGUACGAUUCGGAAGAGAGCGGUUGACAGGACGUCCCACGGGGCACGUCUGGGGAAAGAUGUGGGGGGAGCUCACACGAUCCCCACCGGCAAGGUCCGGCUCUCCCCUGCCCACUUCCCACCCGUCUUUUCGUGCUGACCUGCGGCGUGGCUGCCUCGCACACAGGCCUGACGCCACGGCGAGGGGCUGCGCUGGGUGCCGUUUGGCCGCACGCCCGACACUGAGACAGCCAGGUCUCGCUCUGAGCAACUCCAGUAAAGAUGUCUCCUCUCGGAGUCUAGACUCGCAUUGCCUGGUUUUGUGGGUCGAAGGGUGGUGAUGUGGGGUGGAGGGGAAUAGCUUGUUUACAUUCUGGAAUACAAUGAAUAAAAAGGCAGCCUCUCUCUCUUUC